CGCGCGCCCAGUCCCGUCACUGCCCAGUCGCUCUCCGGGACCUUUCCUCUGCCACGCGCCGUUCGUUUCAGCGAAUUAUCACGGAAACGCGUUGUGUCUGAAUGCGAGGCGCGUGCUUGCGAUCUCGUUGUCCGUUCCGCGCUCGGGUCUGUUUGGGACGCCGGCUCAUUCUAACAGGUGGUAAGCGAUUUCAGGUGGAGCUCAGCUCAGGAGGAGGAGGAGGAGGGGGGUGUACUCGCUUUAUUUCACCGACGAACGGUUUUGCCGAACGGAGCUCAAACAAAAGACUUUGACAGCUAUCGUCUUAUCUGGCUUUUAUAUUCGGGAAUUGUCUCGUGCCAUCAGCAGAUAUUGGUAAUUAGCUUGAGAAUCUGGGCUGCAGAAUACAGGUGAAGGAGGAGAGUGAGACAUCUUAGCCUGUGCGUUUUUUUUGGGGUUGGACUCGUAGGAAAGCAGCCCCCUCCCCUCUGUUUCUUAGAGAGAAACCAGCUCCGAUAUUUGUUCCGUUUUUCCCCUCUGGGACGAGAGGAGAAACGGCUCAGCAAACAGGUGCGAGGACGGACGGACGCACGCGCGCGCGCGCACACACACACGCACUCUCGCGGCUCAUUGUUUAAACGGGAUCUGGUGAAGCUAAAUGUCCGAGUGCACCAGCUCGAUAUUUCUCACUCACAAGGGGAGAAACUAGGGAGCGUGACGUAUUGAGAAAAAAAAUAGCUCGUUUUCAGAGUCCCACUCUUACGAGAGGAGGGUUUAGGACAGAGAGAUAGAGAUAGGGAGAGAAAGACACACACACAGAAAAGGAGAUGUCAGGUAGGAAGCACAACGCGGAUUCCUCGAAACGGAGCCCGGUACCACCCGAAACGGAAAUGUUCGGCGAAUUUCAGGACUGGUGUCUCCGCACUUACGGAGACUCGGCCAAGACAAAGACCGUGACCCGGCGCAAAUACGACAAAAUCCUUCAAGCGCUGUCUCUGGGCGAGGACUCGGACGCCUACACGGAUGGCAGCCACAUCAACGCCAAAUUUAAGUUCUGGGUUAAAUCCAAAGGCUUCCAAGUGCGAAACGGCGACAACCAGAGAGACAGGAAUGGGAAAUCCGACAGACCUGUGCUUUACGUCCCCAUAAAGGCAACGAGUGUGGACGGUGCUCCCGGACAGGAGAUCUCCUCUCUGAAGAGAGUUGCAGUGGUGGAGGAUUUCUAUGAUAUCAUCUACGCCAUGCACGUGGAGAUCAGCUCGGACCCAGCCAAAGUGCCCAAACACGCCGGCCAGAAGAAAACAUACAAAGCGAUAGCAGAGACGUACGCGUUUCUGCCCAGAGAAGCAGUGACCCGAUUCCUGAUGGGCUGUGGGGAGUGUCAGAAGAGGAUGCACAUCAGCCCGAGCGGAGCCGAGUGCAAGGGUACGGCAUCCGAAAGCUUACUGGAACAUCUUCACGCUCGUGUCGGACAUUUUAAACAAAAUGACCGGCCUGCCUCUCUGGCCCCUGAACUCAUCGACUACAACAUGCCUUUGACCACCACCUACCUGAAACAGAUGAAACUGCAGUGCAUCAACAACAACGAGCAGGAUGAGAGUUCAGUGAGCAGUGAGGAGUUUGAUAUGAGCGACCCCACAUGGAUUUCGACUGAGCACCAUAGCGCACGCUCAGACCUGAACCCAGCCGCGAAUAUCGAGAGAAUGCUCAGCCCCCAAAACGCACACAAAGAAGACGACGAUGACUCGUCCUCAGAAAGUGGGAGUGGCAACGGCAUCCACAGCAUGACUCCUCCUUCGAUGGGCGUGGUUUCUGCGAGUGACGUUGCAGCGGCUGGACCAGUGACUGGGUCGUACAGUCAGGUUAACGGAACUAGGACAGCCGUGCCACUGGACUUCAGCACCACUUCGUCCUCGUCGCCAGACGAGCAGCAACCGGUGAACCUGAGAGAGCGGAUGAGUCAGGCCCUGCCCACUGCUGCAGCCAUGCUAGCCACGUUCAACCCGGAGCACUCGGAGGAGUUCCGCCGGAAAUAUCACAAACCACCGCUGGCCUCAGAGCUGCGCCUUGACCGAGACAUCAGGGACUACGCCAGCAAGUCUCCUCAGUAUGGUUCAGGAAGCUACGACUCCAUAAAAAUGGAGAUGUGCGCAGAGGACCUGACGGUCAGCCGCUCUCAGGGCGCGGACGACGACGAUGACGAUCACGAUGACCACGACGACAGUGACAAGAUUAACGACACCGAGGGAGUGGACCCUGAGAGGCUGAAGGCAUUCAACAUGUUUGUGCGUCUGUUUGUCGAUGAGAACUUGGACCGCAUGGUGCCCAUCUCCAAGCAGCCAAAGGAAAAGAUACAGGCCAUUAUCGAAUCCUGCAGCCGCCAGUUCCCAGAGUUCCAGGAGCGUGCACGCAAGCGUAUCCGCACCUACCUCAAAUCCUGCCGGCGCAUGAAGAAGAACGGCAUGGAGACCCGGCCCACGCCACCACACUUGACCUCAGCAAUGGCAGAGAACAUUUUAGCUGCUGCCUGUGAGAGUGAAACAAGAAACGCUGCCAAGAGGAUGCGGAUGGACGUCUACCAAACACACGAGGAUCAGAUAGCUCUGGAGAAGGCUGUCUCUCGUGAGCCGGUGCCUCUGACCCACUCUGCGUAUUCUCUGGCAGCUUCUGCUUACUCCCAGGACCAGCUGUAUAUCAACGGAGGCCUUGGCUACAACUACCGUGCUUUCACUGGCCUGGCCAGCAGCAUGCAGCACCCUGUCUCCCUCACUACCCCUGCUGCCCAGACCAACGGACCUACCGACCUGAGUAUGAAGUCUCUGGCUUCAAACUCGUCUACGUCAAGCACCAACAGUCUUGGGCGAAGCGGAGGAGGAGGAGGAGGAGGCGGGACCUCUGCUCAGCUCAGCCAUACGGAAGUGACAGCGGUGCGUCAGCUGAUCGCCGGCUACCGCGAAUCGGCCGCCUUCUUACUCCGCUCCGCCGAUGAGCUGGAAAACCUCAUACUGCAACAGAACUAACCCGUAUACGCUCUCCUCCUCUUCUCGUCGCCACUUUCUAUCUCUCUCAGCCUGCCUUUAUCUUUAACUCUCGCUCCAUCACCUCAGGUCUCUAUUUUUGCUAGCCUCGCUCUCUUCACGCCACCAUCUUCACCCUCACCGGCGUGACGCUAUCGGGAGAGACGACGCGGCAUCGAUCGGUACGACGUCACAGUUCUACGAGAAACAAAGAAAGGGGGCUGAUGAAGAUGGGAGUACGCUGCAAUGCUGUGUCGAAAAGAAGAAAACGCCGUUCCUGUGGGUGGCUUGGCCUUGUGAAUCAUACACCUCUCCACCUCCAUGCCCUUAAGCCCAUUUUCUAAAUCAGCUCCUUUAACUGUUUUUCCCUUUAUACCCCUUGCUUUCCAGAGCCACUAAUUUGCUGAUUUUGUUUUUGUUUUUCCAACAGGAGGCAUUACGUAGUGCCAGUACUCCUGUUUAUUACUAAAAUGAAGACACUUUUGAGUUGAACUGAAGGAAGAUGACCUGACAAAAAAAUAAAAUGAAAGAUUAAAGAUAAAAAUCCGAACGGAAAGAACCGAACGAGACCUUUACAUUCGCUGUACAUAAACGCUCUCUGUUCUAAAGCACUUUUUCUUUUCCACUCAAUCUGACCUCUCCUCCCUAACACCGCUUUUUUGCCGUAGGGAGAAAAUUGUGUAACUUAUGCAUACGAAAUACAGGUGGAGCUCACCUGGAAAUACCUCAGCCUGUCCAAAUCCUCUGUGUCCCAGUUCUGUCUGAAAGGAGAGGAAUCCCUCCUUCUACUACUACCUUGUGCGUCCAGUGCCUCUCCGGGAUCUAAAAGAGGGCAUGCAUAUAGGACAUGAGCUCGGUUUGUUCGUUUCUAUACUUAUUUAUUCGAUUUGUUGUUUUUUUUUUUUUUUUUGGUUUGUUUUUUUCUUUCUUUCGCUUCUGUAAUGUAAUGUACAUAAUCCAUCAGAAAGUAUUGAUUACUGAAAUACACUGAAAUGAAAUACACUGGAACUGGAGGAUUCACGUUUAAUGAAGUGUUUUGAUCAGGUGAAGAGCUCUGCUUUAACGUUCUGGUCUUUUGAGACCUCUCAAAGCAUUCCAACUAUGGAUACCGACUCUAUACUCCACAACCUUUCUGUCUUUUUGUUAUUUUCUUAAAACUAUUUUAAUGCCAUUCUUCUGAAAUCACCUCUUCUUUCAUGCACGUGUCUGGAGCAAUGGAGGGAGAGUGAUGAAGGGAUGGAGGAAGGAUCGGUUAGUCUGUUUUAUUUAUUUUUUUCUUUUAAUCUGUUUCUUUCCUCAAUGGCCAUUAAUUCCACUCUGCUGCUAAGGACUUGGACUUUUUACGCCACAGACCUGAAACCUCAAGCCUCCUGCACAACCAGAGCACCUCAACCUGGGAAAAAAAAAAAAGACAAACAAACAAAAAAAACGCAAAAAAAAAUAAAUAAAUAAA